AUUACGUCUCCACCGAGAGACGGUGUCAGGACACAAGAUGGCAGCCGCCAGAAAGCUGGAUAGUCUGAACGAGAACUUCUUGACCUGUUCCAUAUGUACGGAGGGAUACAAAGACCCCUGUACUCUGACCUGUGGCCACACCCUCUGUAAGGACUGCCUGGGGAAAUUCCUGAAAACCAGACAAGACGCCAUCAGAGCCAAGUCCAUCCCGUGUCCCUACUGUCGUCAGAUGACCGGAGUUCCCCAGCCUGACAGACCAGUGGAGGAGUGGGUGAAACAGAUCAAGCCAAGUUUCCUCAUACAGGGACUUCUGGACACUCUGGCCUGUGGGGGAAAUACUGAUCAUGAUACAGAAAACCGUUGCCAUCCCUGCCAGAACCUGGGAGAAAGUUAUCCGGCCAACUCCUACUGUCAAGACUGUGAUGUGCCGCUCUGUGAGAGAUGUGUGAAGAUGCAUGCGUCUCUUCCUUCUAUGUCAAACCACGUGAUUGCUGACCUUGGUGAAACAGUGAAGGUCACUAGACGACAGAGGUGCACAGAACACAACGAAGUCAUGGAUUUCUGCUGCAGAGACUGUAAUAAGGCAAUUUGCCCAAAGUGUUGUAUCAUAUACCACAGGAGAUGCGACUCUGUGGUCACUAUUCAGUCCAUGAUGUCUGAGAUGAGAAGUGUUCUUACACACAAUAAGGGAUUGAUCAAAGAGAGCUUUGACGACACGGAAAGAUCACUUCAACAACAAAAAUCACAGAUUGAUGUGAUCAGUGACAACAAAGACAAAAUAAAGUCACAGAUCAGACAGGCCUCACAGAAAGCCAUGGACGUGAUUAAACAGAAGGAGAAACAGCUGCUGGAGGAGCUGAAUGAGAUGACAGAGAAGCAAUCUGGGCCACUGAGGGGGCGGAUAAAGUCGGGGGAAAUAGACAUGCAGAUGUAUCAACAAUACAUAGAAUACAUCACCCAGGUGUUGAAGUCUGGGAGUGAGACUGACAUGUUUGACAUUUACCAGAUGUGUCAGUCUGGGGCAAUCAAGGAGGCAACAGACAGGGAUGUCACUUUCACAGGCAGCUUUCGUGAUUCAAAACUUAUAUUUGUGAGUGAAAUAGAUGAGAGGAAAUUACACAAGGAUGUACAACGUGGUAGAAUUCAACAGAACGUUUGUGACGUCAUGGAUACGCGACUUGAGUGGCACAGAGUGGCACAUUUGACGUCAUGUGCAGACAAGUGUUACACAAGACAGUCGCCAUCAAGGUCGAUGGCGACAGGGAGCAGCCAUGUACAUGUGACGUCACAUUCCUGGUUGUGGAUGGUGAGGAGACACUGGUGGUCACUGACUACAACAAUACAUGUCUGAAAUCCUUCUACACAAAGAAUAACACAUCACGACACAGUAAACUGGAUCUUCCAAGUAAACCAUGCUCUGUGACGAGGCUGAGGGACAACCAGGUGGCUGUAUCAUUCUGGUCACACAAUGAGAUUGUAAUAGUACGGG